GGUGGGAUGAUGGGAAUGGUGACAUUUCCUCCCUGGAGGUCGGAGGUGGUCGGGAGAAGACUCGGCUUCCCGGCAAGCCCCGCGCGGCGGGAUACCCGCGCGUCCAAGGCACCCUCCGCCGCGGCGCCCUCUGGGAGUCGUAGUUCCCUCCUCCUGCUCUUGCGCCGAGGAAGGCGAGGAGACGAGCGAAAUCUCCUGCCGCUUCCAGAGCGGCCAUUACCCGCAGCCGGAGGUCGAGGCUGCGCGAAGGCUUGGCGGACGGGCGGCGGAGGCGCUGGGCCAGCGGGGAGGGCGGAAGCUCGAGCCCGCCCCACCCGGGCCUUCCCUUCCGGCGGCGGGCUGCGUUGCCAUGGCGACCGCUGCGGCCUAGCGGGCUCCGCGCUCAGCCAGCGCGGCCUAGUACGGCGGGGGAGCCUCGGCCUUGUCUGGGAGUUGCCGCCGCCAGCCGGGGCCAUGUCCUUAGUGGCCUACGCCAGCAGCGAGGAGGAGACGGAGGAAGAGGAGAGCGAGAGCGACACCGAGGAGGAGGAGGAAGAGGAGAAAGGGGGAGGCGGAGGCGGCGGGGAGCCCCAAGGCGGGCGCGGGGGCCUCGGGCUCCUCCUCUCCCUGCCGCUGCCGCGCUCCAAGCCCGGCCUGGGAGCGGGCCUCGCCGCCCCCUCGGAGGAGCCCCAGCCCAGGAAGAGGACGCAGCCCGUCCGCAUCGCGGCCCCUCGACUCCGCCCGGGGGACUCCGAUUCGGAGGAAGAUGAGCCGACCAAGAAGCAGCCCCACAUCCAGGGGCCCAGCGAAGGAGCCGGCCUGUCCGCCCUGCUUCCCCAGCCCAAAAACCUGACCGUGAAAGAGACUAACCGGCUCCUCCUGCCGUACGCGUUCUCCAGGAAAGCGGCCGAGAACUCGGCGGAGGCCAAGCCCGCCAAGGCCCCGGUGCCCGCCUCCAAGCCCCGCCUGCCGCUCCAGGCUCCCUCGGGCGCCCCGACCACCACCCCCUCCCCGUCGGCCAUCAAGGCUGCCGCCAAGAGCGCCGCCCUGCAGGUGACCAAGCAGAUCACCCAGGAGGAGAACGACAGCGACGAGGAGGUGGCCCCCGAGAACUACUUCUCCUUGUCGGAACGGAGCGAGCCGCCCGCCAUCAGCCCCGAGGCCUACGUGUACCCCAGCGUGGUGGUGGUGCCGGACGACCUGCCGCCCGGGACAGAGCCGGAGGGCCAGGACGCGGCCGCCAACGCCCCUCUGGAGUUCAAGACGGCGCCGGGUUCCAGUGCCGCUUCGCACGGCUGGGCACCGAAGCCCGGGGAGGAGUAUGGCGGCCAGCCAUAUAAUCAGUAUCCUGGCUACAGCGAUGCCGGCGGCACCGGGGCGUACUACCCGGAAUACUACAGCGGCAGCUACUACCAGGAAACAGACCCCACCUUGGGGCCGCCCCCGGAGAUGAGCAGCGACGCCUCCUCCUUCAUGGACGAUGAAGCGUUCAAGCGCCUGCAAGGCAAGCGGAACCGCGGGCGGGAGGAGAUCAACUUUGUGGAGAUCAAGGGGGACGACCAGCUGAGCGGAGCCCAGCAGUGGCUGACCAAGUCCUUGACGGAGGAGCAGAACAUGAAGUCCUUCAGCAAGAAAAAAGGCGAGCAGCCCACAGGCCAGCAGCGGAGGAAACACCAGAUCACAUACCUGAUUCACCAGGCAAAAGAGCGAGAGCUGGAGCUGAAGAACACGUGGGCCGAAAACAAGCUCAGCCGGCGCCAGACCCAGGCCAAGUACGGCUUUUAGCGGCCAGCUGGUCUAGGAAGCCCCUCCGGCCCCCAAGGUGAACCGCCCGGUCGUCUUGCACAGGGGCGGGAGGAGAUGGCGCCCCGCUGCCUGCCAGGAGGAAGCCUGGGGCCCUCCGUUUCUCUCGUCCACGCUGCCGCUGCUUCUCUGAGCAAUAUUCGGAAGGACAUGCCUGUCCAGCCGGAGGGUGCCGAAUGACGGGAUCUGCUUGGGACGGGGGACUUUCCUCCCGCCUGCCUGCCCGGCCCUGCCUCCCGCCUCUCUCUUCACUUUCUUCCCAUUGGCCGUCGGAACACGGAGGAGGAGGAGGAUGUCUGGGGCCAGCCCGAGCUCAGCUUGGAGGCGGCCUAGUCUGGGGGCGGGGGUGUGUGUGUGUGUGUGUGUGUGUGUGUGUGUGUGUGUGUGUGUGUGGCUGCAUUCUGGCCAAAGGGCUCCUCACUGGGUGGAGGUGGGUCAGGGGCCAGUGGGGCCCUGUUGCUGCCUCCCCCGGCCAUUUGAUUCUGUGCCCCGCCACAAAGCCCCAAGGGAAGUUCUCGAAUUUGUGGGCUGGCCGACAGCAGCUCCCCGCUCCACCUUUCCAGUCCCGGCAGCAGCAGCCAUGGCCUCUACUCCUAAGCGACAGUGUUCCGGAUUUCCGUACAAAAUGCAACUGGACGUUAACAUGUGCGCCCCCGCCCACCCCCAAGCCAGAACGAUGCAACAUGGCUUAUCCAUCCUUGGGAGGAAUCCGGAGGCUAGACCCUGGACAGGGCAGCCUACAGAAAGCAGAGCUCAGGCCUGCGUCCCCUUAACUCUGCCCCCCAGGCACAAGUUAGCUCGCCGGUGGCCGAUUCACUUGCCGUUUCCCAGCCCAGACGUGAGCGUUGACCAGACAAGGAAGGUGUCUCUUUCUCAGUUCUCCUCGUCCGCCAAACGCCAGGUGGGGGGAUUCGACUGGGAGGCCGAGGCUGGAGACCCUCGCUCUCUCUGGGCUUUGCCCCCUCUGGUUUUGCUGCAGGCUCUAUUCAAAGCAGUCCUCCUGCUGGCCCCCUACUCUCAUAUUCUCACCCCGAAUUGUCGUGUUCUUCUUUGUUGUCGACACCGUUCACACCGCCGCCGCUUUUUCCUGUUCGGAGGAUGCCAUCCCAGGUCCAAAGUUCCUGGGUGAGUGUCAUCUCUAUUUAGGGUGUUUUGAAACAAAACAAAAAAAAACACCCCAAUUUCUAGUUUAUUUCCCUGGACGUUUUAGUACUUAGGAAAGCUUCUCUCCCCACCCCCUUUUGUUUUUUUGAGUAUUCCAAAAUAAAACUCUCAUUCAGUAA